AUGGCUUCCAGAUUUCAGCACACCAUGAUUCUUCACAUUAUACUUUUCCUACAGAUAGUUCAUUUGAUCAAAGGUCAGCUAAGAAUUAUACCUCCUUAUGAUCCUGUGCUUGGAGUUGUUGGAAAAGGAGUCACCCUGCCCUGCCAGCUGGAAGCUAAGUCAGUCUCUGAGGGAGUCCUUGUUCAGUGGACAUUAAUCGGAAAUUCCCUAAACACUGAAGUGACUACCUAUGAUGGAAAAAAUGCAGAAAAUCCAGUAAUGGAGAAUAAGGCAUACCUGGGCCGUACAAAUUUUUUUCUGAGUGAAGUUACUAAGGGGAACUUAUCCCUUCACCUGAAAAAUGUCAUGGUCUCUGAUAAAGGGAAGUACAUCUGCAGUGUCUCUUUGGAUAACUGGUAUGAUGAAGUGGUGGUUGACCUGAAUGUGGCAGCUCAGAGUGAUGAGUCUGAAGUUUUCCUGGACAGCCAUGUGGGUCAGGGCAUUGGCCUCACCUGCAAGUCACAGGGAUGGUUUCCACAACCUGAGGUAAUUUGGCUGGACAGCAAAGGACAGAUACGGAAGGAGAAAGUGGUCACACAAAGCCAGCAGGCAUCUUCGGGCCUUUUUGAUGUUGUCAGCUCCAUGACCCUAGAACCAGGAUCGGACAUGGAACUCUCCUGCAGAAUAGUCAAUGAUAUCCUCAGCACAGCAUGUGAAUCCCGAGUCCUGAUUUCAGAUGUCUUCUUUCCAUCCACUUCCCCUUGGAUGACUGCCUUCCUUGUGUUUACAUUUUGUGCUGUGGCUGUUCUCGCUGCUAUAGGCUAUAAGCUGAAGAAUUUCUGGAAAGCUUGGGACAAAGCAGUUCCCAUUACUGCAAAUCCUGAAUGCCAACACCUCGACCUCCAAGUGCCAGGGGCUCCAGAUGUUGAGAACAACGCAUGUGAACCUGCUGGCAUGAGCAGCCCCUCCACAGUCCCUGUCCUGGUGGCAAAGGAAGGGUUUGCAUCUGGGAAACACUACUGGGAAGUGGAUGUGGGCCAGCAGCAGGACUGGCUGCUGGGGGUCAUGAGGCACAAAGGGAAACAAGAAGAGCAAGGGACACUUGCUAGGGAGAACUACUGGGCUCUGCACAGAUCCAGGGGUGAGAUUUACUCUAUCACGGGAAAAGACAGUCUUGAGAAGAAAGAGAUGAAUGACUCAGUGAUUGGUGUGCUUCUGGACUUGGAGGAAGCACAAAUCUACUUUUAUGGUUCAGGGAAGGGGAACACAGUGUUGAGAAUACCUAUAGGUCCUGGAAAGGAAUCUGCAGAAGUGUUUUACCCUUUUCUAUCAAAAGGGGAAGGAAAAUUCAAGCCUGUUUGCCCUCCAAACUUUCCUGUUCCAUUAAAAGCACAGAGAACUGACUAUGGAAACACAGUUCAGUCAAAAAUAGAAGGGAAAAAUCACCAAUAA